CUUUUACUGUCAUACUAUCUUUGUUGCGAGCAAGCUGUAAACAGGGGACGCAAGUUUGUGAAGACUGCGCUUUAAAACAGGCUGUUUUAGCUUUUUAUUGACAAUAACGCCGCUUACCGUGAACUGAACAUGGAAGACGACGUACUAACGACGCUGAAAAUAUUGAUUAUAGGAGAAAGUGGUGUUGGCAAGUCAAGCCUCCUCUUGAGAUUUACAGAUGACACAUUUGACCCGGAACAAACGGCAACAAUAGGUGUUGACUUCAAAGUGAAAACCAUUUCUGUGGACGGUAACAAGGCAAAGCUUGCAAUAUGGGACACUGCAGGACAGGAGCGUUUCCGAACGCUGACGCCCAGCUACUACCGCGGUGCCCAGGGAGUAAUCCUGGUGUACGAUGUCACGAGACGGGAAACCUUCACCAAGCUCGACAACUGGCUCAACGAGUUAGAGACAUACUGCACAAGGAACGACCUCGUCAAAAUGCUCGUGGGGAAUAAAAUCGACAGGGAAAACCACGAGCUCGACCGGGCCGAAGGCUUGAAGUUUGCAAGAAAACAUUCCAUGCUUUUUAUAGAGGCGAGUGCCAAGACCAGGGACGGUGUUCAGUGUGCGUUUGAGGAGCUGGUGGAGAAGAUUAUUCAGACCCCCGGUCUAUGGCAGAGCGAGAACCACGGCCGAGGAGUCCAGCUCACCGACGAGGACGCGGGAGGCGGAACCUGCGGAGGCUACUGCUCCCUGGUCUAGACAAACGAUGGAAAACACCUUCACACACAGACACAUGUU